AUGUUCAAUAUGGCAAACGAUAGAAGAAUCCUAGUGAUAGCAGGCAGCGAUAGCUCUGGAGGGGCUGGCCUUGAAGCCGACCAAAAAGUCAUCGCUGCUCAUGGGUGCUAUGCCAUGACAGCUACCACGGCACUGACAGCACAGAAUACUAUUAAAGUCUUCGAUGUUCAUGUGACUCCUUCAGAAUUUGUAAGAAAGCAAAUUGAUGCUUGCAUCGAUGAUAUAGGUGUCGACGUUGUCAAAACUGGCAUGCUUGCUUCAUUGGAGACUGUGGAAAUAGUUGUAGACGCAUUGCGUUCACAUAAAGUACCAUGUUUAGUAGUCGAUCCCGUCAUGGUCUCGACGACAGGUUGCAAAUUAUUACCUGAUGACGCUAUACAGGCUCUCAGAGAGCAACUCCUGCCAAUGGCAACAAUAUUGACCCCAAAUAUGCCUGAGGCAAAGCUGAUCUUACAGGAUGCCGGAGAGAUUAUCUCCGAUCCAGAGAAAGUGGACGACAUCAUAGAGCUGGCAAGAAGGCUGCAAAAACUUGGCCCGCAAUACGUUCUUUUAAAGGGAGGACACCUUCCACUCUCUCGAGACGGUAUCGUAUCAAAUGUUCCUGCCGAAAGACACGUGAUUCUCAACGUAUUGUGUAGCGGCGAUGAGCUUGUGCUGCUCGAAUCCGAGCACUUAGAGUCAAACAACACACAUGGAACAGGAUGUUCGUUAGCAUCUGCGAUCGCAUCAAACUUGGCAAUUGGUAUGACCAUGGUCGAAUCUGUAAAGGCCGCGAACCUGUUCGUGGAAGCAGGCAUAAAGACGAGUGUAGAUAGGGGAAGAGGAAGUGGCCCGAUCAAUCACUUUCAUUCGACUUACUUCCUCCCAUUCUCACCGGGACGCUUCGUUGACUAUGUCGUAACACACAAGGAUGUCAAGAGGAACUGGACCGCACAUACCGAGCAUGAAUUCGUGAAGAGACUGGCAAGGGGUACUCUAUCGAUCGACAGCUUUAGGCACUACCUGAUACAGGACUAUCUCUUCUUAUUACACUUUUCCAGAGCACAUGCACUGGCGGCCUACAAGAUGAAGAAGCUUGAAGACAUAAGCCGAGUGAGACAUCUUGACCUAUCGGCGGCGAUCGUGAACCAUUUUCAAGAGGAAAUAAAGCUACAUCUAAGGUACUGCAAGGAGCUCGGUAUUUCUGUGGAAGAGAUAGAAAAGCACACAGAGAGUAUAGCGUGCACUGCAUAUACACGAUACCUGCUCGACAUCGGUCAGUCAGAAGACUGGUUCGCUCUCCAGGUAGCAUUGCUGCCGUGUUUGCUAGGUUACUCAGCUAUUGCCAAGAGAUGGUACAACGAUUCGAGUACAUUGCGAGAAGGAAACAGAUAUUGGCCAUGGUUUGAGAUGUACAAUGGCGAUGAUUACAAUACGGCAGUAGAUUCUGGACGCGCCAUGAUCGAGAAGCAUGCAGUCAAGCAAUCAGUCAGUAGAGUGGACGAACUUGUAAAGAUUUUUAUCCACUCAAUCAAGAUGGAAAUUGGAUUUUGGGAAAUGAGUCUGAAUAUCUACGGCGGCAGCGGAGGCGGAUACCGUGGCGGCAGCGGUGGAGGAUACAGCAACGGACACUCGAACGGGUAUGAAGACUUUAGCACAAAUUACACAGCCCACAGCUACUACGGUCACUCCGCCAGUGGAUACGGCGGUAGCAACGGUUACUCGAAUGGCGGAGGCUAUGGUGGUGGAGGAUAUGGCGGCGGAGGUGGAUAUGGCGGUGGAGCCGGCGGAGACCGCAUGUCUAACCUCGGAGCUGGUCUGCAAAAACAGAACUGGGACAUGGACAGCCUCCCUAAGUUCGAAAAGUCAUUCUACAAAGAGGACCCAGCCGUAGCCGAACGUUCACCAGCCGAAGUCGAAAGAUUUCGGAAAGAGUCUCAAAUGACCAUCGCAGGAAAGAAUGUUCCAAAACCGGUCACAACUUUUGAUGAAGCUGGUUUCCCAACAUAUGUCAUGUCUGAAGUGAAGGCCCAAGGGUUUGCGAAACCGACGGCCAUUCAAUCUCAGGGCUGGCCGAUGGCGCUUUCAGGUCGUGAUGUUGUUGGUAUCGCGGAGACCGGAUCUGGAAAGACCCUCACAUACUGUCUCCCAGCUAUUGUCCACAUCAAUGCCCAACCGCUACUCGCACCAGGAGACGGACCAAUUGUUCUGAUUCUCGCUCCUACGCGUGAACUGGCCGUACAGAUCCAGCAAGAAAUCAACAAGUUCGGCAAGUCGUCUCGUAUCAGAAAUACUUGCGUUUAUGGUGGAGUGCCGAAAGGUCAACAGAUUCGUGACCUCGCGCGAGGUGUCGAGGUUUGCAUCGCCACGCCAGGCCGUUUGAUUGAUAUGCUGGAGUCCGGAAAGACUAACCUUCGCCGCGUCACUUACUUAGUCCUCGAUGAAGCCGAUCGCAUGUUGGACAUGGGAUUUGAGCCUCAAAUCCGUAAAAUCAUUGGCCAGAUCAGACCUGAUCGUCAAACUUGUAUGUGGUCGGCCACAUGGCCUAAGGAAGUUCGUCAACUUGCCUCAGACUUCCAGACCGAUUUCAUUCAGGUCAAUAUCGGCUCUAUGGAAUUGUCUGCCAACCAUCGCAUUACCCAGAUUGUUGAAGUCAUGAGCAACUAUGAUAAGCGUGAGCGCAUGUCAAAGCACCUUGAGCGUAUCAUGGACGAUAAGUCGAGCAAGGUCCUGGUGUUUACAGGCACGAAGAAGAUCGCUGACGAAAUUACCAAAUUCUUGCGACAAGAUGGCUGGCCCGCCCUAUCCAUCCAUGGAGACAAACAGCAAAACGAACGUGACUGGGUUCUGAACGAAUUCAAGACAGGCAAAAGCCCUAUCAUGGUGGCCACAGACGUGGCAUCCCGUGGCAUUGACGUCAAGGAUAUCACCCACGUACUGAACUAUGACUACCCGAACAACUCGGAAGACUACGUUCACCGAAUUGGACGUACUGGUCGCGCCGGUGCUAAGGGAACCGCCAUUACCUUCUUUACUACUGAUAACGCGAAGCAGGCUCGAGAUCUCGUCACCAUCCUCUCUGAGGCCAAACAGCAAAUCGAUCCUCGAUUGUCAGAAAUGGUCCGCUAUGGUGGCGGCGGCGGCGGCGGUGGACGGUGGAGAGGAGGUGGUGGACACCGCGGUGGACGAGGCGGUGAGGCAGGUCUAACUGGCGCUAACAAUGCACCUCUGUCUCGCAGCCGAUGGUAG